AUUCCCUAUUGCAAAAAUAGCAAUUUCACUGGCCGUGAGGAUCUCAUUGAAUCGCUGAGGAGGUAUUGUGAGCGUGAAGGGCACAACCAGAUCGCGCUUCAUGGAUUGGGGGGUUCUGGGUAUGUAUUCAUGAUCGCCAUUUUAGGAGUCUACUAACCUCGUUUAGAAAGACCCAGAUUGCCCUCGAAUACCUCUAUCGGCGCGCAAGCGCGAGCGAUUGUGAUCUUUUCUGGGUGCGCGGGAGUGGGCUGCCAAAGUUUAGCGAAGACCUUAGAGUGAUAGCACAACAUGUUCGGAUUCCACCACCCAGCGCCGAGCCAGACGAAGAGAGUCUCCUGUUAAAUAUCAAGAGGUGGUUUGAAGGACAAGCCAGUGGCGAUUGGGUGUUGGUUAUUGACAACGCCGACAACGAGGAGGACUUUAUGGGCAACCGCGGUCGCAUUCCCAAAUUUGUACCACAAGGGUCUCGGGGUACCUUGAUACUCACCACCAGAUCAACCCAGGUUGCGUCACAAGAGCGUUGCGAAAGGAUUGAGGUCAGAGAAAUGCCGGAGAAUGAAGCCCAAGAACUGUUUCUGAAACUCUUGGGUAACUUGAACUGCUCGAGAGAUGAAGAAAAAGUAGCGAUCUCAAUGAUCCUGAAAUCUAUACACCAUAUCCCACUGGCUAUCAUAGGAGCGGUAGCCUUCAUGACUGAAACCCAGACUCCGCCUUCUACUUACUGGACCAUUUUUCGGGGAAGUGACGAACAGGCCAAGAGCCUUCUUUCAAGGCCAUUGUACGAUAUCCAACGAGAGAAUAUCCAACGAGAGACCGACAUUACUGAGAGCACCCUCACUACGUAUUUCAUCACCUUUGACCGGAUUGCAAGGGUGAUGCCCCUAGCGGCGGAUCUUCUGCGUUUAAUCGCCUUCUUCGAUCACCAGAACAUACCCGAAGAGCUAUUGCGCCAAAGCGGUUUGGAAGGGAUAGACGAUCAAAUGCAGUUUCGUGAGGCAAUUGGAAAACUAUUAGGAUUUUCGCUAGUUACGGCCAUCGCACAUGAGGACAAGACAUUUUACGAGCUACAUCGAUUGGUGCAACUGUCUUUGCAAGUGUAUUUACCAGCACAAGAGUUAAGCCGAUGGAGGGCCAACGAACUGAAAGUGGUUUCAAGGGGUUUCCCUCGGCAUUGGAUCGCGUGGAAGGAUGUUAGCUCUGCAUACAUUCCUCAUGUACUUGAAGUAACCAACAAUUCAACGGAUCCCAUUGCCGAAGAGCUUAGUUUUCGCCUAGGACGGUACUUUCAUCAUAUAGGUUCAUACAAUAACGCAGAAACACAAUUGCGUCGAUGUAUUGCCCUUCGGGAGGAGAGUAAAGAGCAUGACUGGGAUGAGGAGGGUCCGCGGAGAGUUCUAUUCCUGGGUUUGAUAUGCAUACAUCAAGGAAAGGCAAAUGUAGCCGAGGACAUGCUUCGGAGGUUAUUAGAGCAUAUUGGGAAAUCAUUGGACCCAAAUCAUCUAAUCGUCCAGGACGCAAUUCGACACUUGGCUUGGGCGCUAUUGAACCAAGGAAAGUACGAGGAAUCGCAGAAGAUGUAUUGGCGUGGACUGGAGGGGGACGAGAAGAUUCAUGGACCAGACCACCCAAGCACCCUAACAAGUGUCAACGGCCUGGCUUGGGCGCUGCAAGACCAAGGAAAGUACGACGAAUCAGAGAAGAUGCAUCGGCGUGCACUGGAGGGGCGCGAGAAGAUUCUUGGACCCGACCACCCAAACACCCUAACAAGUGUCAACAACCUGGCUGGGGUGCUGAAAUCCCAAGGAAAGUACGACGAAUCCGAAGAGAUGCAUCGGCGUGCACAGGAGGGGAGAGAGAAGAUUCUUGGACCCGACCACCCAAACACCCUAUCAAGUGUCGGCAACCUGGCUGGGGUGCUGAAAUCCCAAGGAAAGUACGACGAAUCAGAAGAGAUGCAUCGGCGUGCACUGGAGGGGCGCGAGAAGAUUCUUGGACCAGAUCAUCCACACACCCUAUCAAGUGUCAAAAACCUUGCUACGGUG